AUGUUUAACUCUGCAGACAUACUCUUUUCAUUGGAUAAUUUAUUUUAUGAAAGACCAGAUACAAGACCAAGGUAUCUAGAAAAUGAAGAGCGUAAGAUGUGGUGUAUUGCACCUGCUCCAGCUGUCACUGAAAUUCCAGCUGCAGAGGAGUUACAAAAGGAACUGGAAAAAACCACAGCAAAUGCUGAUAUGGGUAAAAUAUCAUAGACUAGAAUCAUAGAAAAGCACCAGAAGUUUAUACAGCAAUCUAAGAGCAACAGUGAGGAAGUAAAUGAUAAAUCACCAGCACCUGUUCAUUUUAGCAUAGCCUCUGAAAAAGUGCUCCAAUAAAGUGCAGGAGAAAGAGAGAAAAUUAGUUUUCAGUGUGAAGGUCUGAAAAUGGUUUCAUUGUUUCUCUCUUCUGACCAAGUUAAAUCCAAAACAGGAGCAGGAGUUUCACAGCAACCUGGUGUAAAUUUUUCACAAAACAAAAUAUUAAGUAAUUUUCCAGAAAACAGUGAUGAUGAGAGCGUCCCUUCAGCAUUAAGAAAAAGCUUAUUUAAAACAUCUGGUUAUACAUACAAAAAUACGGAAUUUAAAGAUAGUUCUGUGGAUAUGAAAGAAAUUGAUGUUUACUUAAAUAGAAGUGAAAACAUGAAAGAAGUGAGAAAAGAAGAUUUAUGGAUAGAUAACCAUCGAGCUCCAAUAACUAAAGACUCAGAUGUUACUCUGCAUAGAGUAAAUAAUGGGGACAUUGUGUCUAAAACUGGAAUUAAAAUGGAAUCAUUUUCUCAUGUUUCAGAGAUUCUGGAUAUGACAGGAACUACAGGAAGAAAAUUGGAAAUUUUGAGGUCCGUUACAGAAAUACCGACCCAGUUUAGAAGUAUUUUUAAGGAGUUCCCAUAUUUUAACUAUGCACAGUCUAAAGCUUUGGAUGAUCUUCUUUAUACAGGCAGGAAUUUUGUGAUUUGUGCUCCGACUGGCUCUGGAAAAACCGUAAUGUUUGAGCUAGCUAUUACCAGAUUACUCAUGGAAGCCCCACUGCCUUGGUUAAAUAUUAAAGUUGUUUACAUGGCUCCAAUAAAAGCUCUGUGCAGUCAGCGUUUUGAUGAUUGGAAAGAAAAAUUUGGACCUAUAGGACUCAGCUGCAAGGAACUGACAGGAGAUACAGUGAUGGAUGAUUUAUUUGAAAUACAUCAUGCUCACAUUAUCAUCACUACACCUGAAAAAUGGGAUAGCAUGACUAGAAGGUGGAGAGACAACUCUCUGGUCCAGCUUGUAAGGCUGUUUCUCAUUGAUGAGGUGCACGUUAUAAAGGAUGAAAGCCGUGGUGCAACGUUAGAAGCUGUAGUCAGUCGGAUGAAGACCGUUCAGUCUUCUCUUGGGCAUCUUUUAGAGAAUCAGGACAGUGUUCCUCCCUUGAGAUUUGUAGCCGUUUCUGCAACAAUCCCAAAUGCUGAAGAUAUUGCAGAAUGGCUUUCAGAUAGUAAGAUGCCUGCUGUAUGUCUGAAAAUUGAUGAAGAUCAACGACCAGUGAAGCUACGCAAAAUUGUUCUUGGUUUUCCUUGCAGCGACAAUCAGACAGAAUUCAAAUUUGACUUAAGUCUUAACUACAAGAUAGCCAGUAUUAUACAAGCAUACUCGGAACAGAAACCAGCACUUGUGUUUUGUGCCACAAGAAAAGGAGUGCAGCAGGCCGCUUCCGUUCUUGCGAAAGAUGCUAAAUUUCUACUGAGCGUAGAACAGAAGCAAAGAUUACAGAGGUCUGCAAAUUCAUUGAGAGAUUCCAAACUGAGAGAUCUUUUAAUGUAUGGUGUGGCUUAUCAUCAUGCGGGUAUGGAGCUAUCUGACAGAAAAGUAAUCGAAGGAGCUUUCACUGUAGGAGACCUACCAGUACUUUUUACUACUAGCACCUUAGCUAUGGGAGUCAAUCUGCCUGCACACCUGGUGGUUGUAAAAUCCACAAUGCACUACGUUGGAGGAAUGUUCCAAGAGUACAGUGAAACUGAUAUCCUGCAAAUGAUUGGGAGAGCAGGAAGGCCUCAAUUUGACACCACAGCUACAGCCGUUAUUAUGACCCGUUGCAGUACAAAGGAGAAGUACAUACAGAUGUUAAAUGGUGCUGAUAUAAUAGAGAGCAGCUUGCACAGGCAUCUUGUCGAGCACUUAAAUGCAGAAAUAGUGCUACAUACUGUCACAGAUGUCACUGUAGCUUUGGAGUGGAUAAGAUCGACGUUCUUGUACAUUAGAGCUUUAAAAAAUCCAACUCAUUACGGUUUUUCAUCUGGAUUGGAUAAGCUUGGAAUUGAAGCAAAAUUAAGAGAACUGUGUUUGAAGAACUUGAAUGAUUUAUCAUCUUUUGAUUUGAUCCGGAUGGAUGAAGCAAAUAAUUUUAAACCAACAGACACUGGAAGAUUAAUGGCGUGGUAUUACAUUGCAUUUGAUACGGUGAAACAGUUUUUCACAAUGAAGGGAACAGAAACUUUAAAUGAAUUGAUUACAAUGAUCUCCAACUGCUCAGAAUUUCUGGAUGUCAAGUUAAGAACAAAUGAAAAGAAGAUCCUGAACAGUAUGAAUAAAGACAAGGACAAAAUAACGAUCAGGUUUCCAAUGGAGGGGAAGAUAAAAACAAGAGAAAUGAAAAUAAACUGUCUUAUUCAGGCUCAGCUUGGAUGCAUCCCUAUUCAAGACUUUACUUUGACACAAGAUACAGGCAGAAUAUUUAGAAGUGGCUUAAGAAUUACUAGAUGGUUAUCUGACUUUCUGGCAUCGUGUAAAAACAACUUUUCUGCUUUAUUAAGCUCUUUGAUUUUAGCAAAGUGUUUCAGGUGCAGACUUUGGGAAAAUUCACUUCAUGUGUCUAAACAACUGGAAAAAAUUGGUGUAUCACUGUCCAAUGCUAUGGUAAAUGCUGGACUGACUUCAUUUAAAAAAAUAGAAGACAUAAAUGCAAGGGAACUUGAGUUGAUUUUAAACAGACAUCCUCCCUUUGGAAACCAGAUAAAAGAAUCUGUUUUGCACCUUCCCAAAUACGAACUCAACAUUGAACAGCUUCCAAAAUACAGCGACACAUUGGCUGAAAUCUUACUCACCGUCAAGUUAACAAACUAUGAGCAGCUACAGACAAAGAGAACAGCGACAGACUUUCACUAUGUGACGUUGGUCAUAGGAGAUGCUGACAACCAAGUCAUUUUUAAUCAGAAAAUUAUGGAUUCUGUGCUGCUGAAAACUGGAAGUUGGACGAAGAAAAUUGAUGUGAAAAGAGCUCUUCAAUCAGAGGACAUUAGUAUAAAUUUAAUAAGUUCUGAUUAUG